AUGCAGAAGUGCCGCGCCGUGCAAGGCGCACUUGGUUCGAAGACUUUCCUUUCUCCACCCUCUACAUACACUCGACUACAGCCGCAUGUUCAGAGAAGAAACGUGCAAGAUGUCUUCGUCACGCGGACGGGAACACCAAUGAUUAAAAUACAGGGCGGACGGUCAUCAUUGGGAGGUCAUACCGCUACGGUCUUCGGCGCUACAGGUUUCUUGGGACGCUAUAUUGUAAACAGACUUGCUAGGCAAGGAUGCACUGUUGUCGUUCCCUACCGGGAAGAGAUGACAAAACGGCACCUCAAGGUCACUGGCGAUUUAGGUCGCGUUGUCUUUACGGAAUUCGAUCUAAGAAACACCCAAUCCAUUGAAGAAAGCGUGCGCCAUUCUGACGUUGUGUACAACUUGAUUGGCCGGGACUAUCCAACAAAAAAUUUCACUUAUGAUGAUAUCUUCGUCGAGGGAACGGAAAGAAUAGCUGAAGCCGUCGCAAAGUACGACGUUGACCGCUAUAUUCAUGUCUCCUCAUACAAUGCAGAUGUGAACUCCCCUUCUGAAUUUUUUCGAAGCAAAGCCCACGGGGAAAAAGUCGCAAGGAACAUUUUUCCGGAGACUACCAUUGUUCGGCCCGCUCCAAUGUUCGGCUUCGAAGACAGAUUGCUUCAUAAAAUGGCAGGAGUCACCAACGUUUUCACGUCCAAUCAUAUGCAAGAGAGGUACUUACCAGUUCAUGUGAUUGAUGUCGGCCAGGCUUUAGAGCGAAUGCUUUACGAAGAAUGGACCGUAUCACAGACCUUUGAGCUUUACGGGCCCACAAAUUACUCGUCGGCAGAAAUUGCAGAAAUUGUUGAUCGUGAAAUCAUCAAGACUCGCCGACGGAUAAAUGUUCCUAAGGCUAUCCUUAAGCCAGUUGCCCACUGGCUCAAUAAAUUGAUUUGGUGGCCUACAAUUUCCGCCGAUGAAGUAGAAAGAGAGUUCCUUGACCAAGUCAUUGACCCUAACGCGAAGACCCUUAAAGAUCUUGGCAUUGAGCCAGCAGAAUUGAGCAACUUGACAUAUCAUUAUUUGCGGGCAUACAGAAGUAACAAGUACUCAGAUCUGCCAGCAGCUUCAGAGAGGGAGAGAGCAGAGGAGAAGAAGUAUCUCCAUGUGCUAGAUGAUCAAUAA